GGCAUGGUGAGGAAGGUGCUGGGUUAGGUAAAGGACGGGGGUUAGGUGAAGGAUGGGGUGCUGGUCGGAGGAUGGCUAAAGUCCUCCCAGCCCCACUUACUCACGGUGGCAGCGGCGACACUCCAGUCUUAGAGCAGCCGGGAUCGAGAGCCAGGAGGGCUGGGGCUGCCCCGCUCGGGGUGAGGGGGAGGCCGGGGGGCCGAGGGGGCCGGAGGCCGGGACGAGUGCAAUAUUGGCGGGGGAAAGAACAACACUGCACCGCGUCCCGUCCCUCCCGCCCGCCCGGGGCCCGGAAUCCCACUCUCCACCGCUUGAAGCCGGACCAGCCCGAGAACCCGGGACGCGCUGGGGAGUUGGGUUCACCUUGGAGGCCAGAGAGACUUGGCGCCCGGAAGAGGGUGAAGGGGGUGGUAAAGGGGAGGGGGAAAGGGAGAAGGGGAGACCGAGACACCCCGGAAGGCCGCUUUCAGACGCCCGGGCGUUGCGCGCGCUUGCUCUUUAAAUACUCAGACUGCGCGGCGCGGGGCCGUCGCCAUGGUGACGCGUGUCCCAGCAACCGUACUGAAUGGCUAUUGCCUGGCAACGCUGGGGGGUUGAAGUUUUGGGGCCGCCCACCUAGAUAGUCGCGCUUUCCCUGGCCUGUGGGUGCGAGGGCUUCCCCGCCCCUCCGGCUCGCGCCAGGGCGCGAUGACGUAAAUGCCCCCCUCCCCACCCCCGCCCCGAGCCCGCCCCUGUCCGGCUGCCUCACAAAGCCGCGCCAAGCAGGGGGAGCCGCGCGCGCCUGGGAGCUGUGGUCCUUCUCCUCCCUGGGCUUCCCUCCAAUCUUGCCGCGCGGAAGUGUUCUUAGAGCUCUUUUCUCAAUGUGUAUUCUUUGGGGCUAAGAAUUGUUUCCUAAUGCGGAUGUAAUUGUUUCAGUCGGUGUAGACCGCAACCCAGGGCCUCUGGAUGGGGCCCGAUAAACUCCACAAGCAACGUUGUGGCCCCAAAUAUGAUGCUGAAAGCUCAGCUUCUUUGUACACUGGUGCCGAAUCAAUCUUGAGACAGAGUUUUGGGUGAAGUAGAAGAGGAUAGUUUUAUUAUUUUGCCAGGUAAAGGGGCAACACGGUAGGCUAUCACUGCAAAACUGUGACCCCUGCCCCUCCCAUAGGGAAGGUCUUAUAGUUGAAGCGCGUGGUCCCGGUAGGCGAUAAGGGUCAAGGCAGUAACAGUCUUGCAUUCAUCUGAUUGGUUGGUGGUGAGGUAAGUAGGAGUCAGUGUCAUCAACCUUCAGUCCACCUGGUCUGGGGUCUACAUGUUUGUGGACAAUAUACCAUCAUUUAUCAUUAACUUCUCCUAUUUGGAAGGGAUUUCAGUAUCUGCAAAACAGCUCAAAGAUAUUGUUGUGUGUAUCCAGUGAUGGGGAGACAGGACCUUGCCCCAAGGCUGCUCUUGACUUUCUGGUCUCAUAUCCCCUCCUUUCACUAAUUAACAACAGCUUAAAUCUGCCCAUCGGAACUCAGGGAAGGUCAUGGAGGUGGAAGGAAGGUGGUGUCCACGUUUCUGCCCUUCAAAAUACCAUUCGGUCUUCCCAAAUCAUGCGCCCUCACAUACAGUUUUGCACCAACCCCCACCACCUUGUGCCCACCUGCCCCAAAUACCACUCUGCUCCCCAAAGGAUAUUUUCGUGCCCCUAAAUACCAUUCUGUUGCCUCACCUAUUCACUGCUUCCUAAAUCAUAACUGAUCUGUUUCCCCUUGCACAUUCCAAUGUCCUCGCCCAAAUACCUCGGUGCCCCUGCCACGUAACUCAGGACCCCACCCACUUAGGGCCAUUUCCUCCAGACACCGCCCCCACGCGCCUGAUCCUCUCCUAAAGCUCCCAACCCCUCCACCGGUGGUACUGUGUGUUCCUCCCCUUCUCUGUCCAAGCCACUGCCUCUUUUGGCCAGGGCCUGCCCUUCCCAGCCUCUCUCUGCCCCCACUUAGGCAGCGCCACCCAACCUCCUCUCCCAGACCCGGCAGCGCUUCAGCCGGCUCGGGCGGGCCGGUGAGGCUCCCGGUGACCGCUAGAGGGCAGGCGAGCCCGGCCCGCGAGCCGCUGCUGCAAGGUGAAGGACGGGGAAAGGAAAGACCCUAGGGUUCGGCCCAACCCAGAUUUCGUAUUUCUUUAAGUGGAAAUUUGUUGCCCCGCCCCCUUCUGGGGAGAAAGUCAAGGAAGGAACUCAGGCUGCAGGAAAGUCCGGCAGGGGCGGGGACUGUGGGUUUCAGGGUAGACCCGUGUGUGGAACAGGACAGGGAGCGGUUAGAAGGGCGGGACUAUUCCGGGAAGCAGUGGGCGGAGGGUGUCCAAAACUAGCACCUAGUUCGCUCGUUAUGGAGCCUUCCCCAUCUCAGCCCCCAGAGUGGGACUCCAAGGGACCCAGUGAGAGUGGGGUGAGCAUGUGGGUGACCUAAGGAUGCGUUCCCCGGCCUUGCUGUCCAGGACUGACUUAGCCCACUUUCUCUGCUACUUUCUCACCUUGUCUGUUGUCCUGGGGCUAAAAUAGGACCAUGGGGACCCAGGUCACGUUCCAGAUUCCCUCCACCACCUUCUGGAGCCAGGGAGUGGUUGAAAAGGGGGAGGCCAGUUGGAGAACAAACAGGUUGCCAGAGGAUUGAGUGAUUGGAGCCAAUGGACCCUAUUUGAGGGGCCAGGAAUGGUUGGGGAGAAGGAAGAGGUAGCAGGUAGGGAAAGGGGGAGUGGGCGGAGCUUUGUCACCUGUCACCUGCUCUGGCUGAGCCUAGGGCGGGCGGGGGACUGGUAUAAAGCAGCAGGAGCCUGUGCCCGCUCCACCUCGUGCGCAGCGCCUGCCUGAGUCUGUUCUGCCCCCUCCCCACUGCUGCGCCACCACCAUGACACCGGACAUCCAGGCCCCUUUCUUCUUCCUGCUGCUGCUAUUCCAAGUGCUUACAGUCUCUGGCCAAAGUGGUACCUCACCCUCCCACACCAGCCCUGCCUCAUCUCCAACCACCAGUCCCACCUCAAGCUCCACUGCCCCUCCAGUCCACAGUGGUACCUCACCCCCUACCACCAGUGGCACCCCGCCUCCCACCAGCACCAGUGGCGCCCCGCCUCCCACCACCACCAGUGGCGCCUCAUCUCCGACCACCACCACCAGUGGCGCCUCAUCUCCGACCACCACCACCAGUGGCGCCUCAUCUCCGACCACCACCACCAGUGGCGCCUUGUCUCCCACCACCAGUGGCACCCCGCCUCCCACCACCACCAGUGGCACCUCAUCUCCGACCACCACCACCAGUGGCGCCUCAUCUCCGACCACCACCACCAGUGGCGCCUCAUCUCCGACCACCACCACCAGUGGCGCCUCAUCUCCGACCACCACCACCAGUGGCGCCUCAUCUCCGACCACCACCACCAGUGGCGCCUCAUCUCCGACCACCACCACCAGUGGCGCCUCAUCUCCGACCACCACCACCAGUGGCGCCUCAUCUCCGACCACCACCACCAGUGGCGCCUCAUCUCCGACUACCACCACCAGUGGCGCCCCGCCUCCCACCACCACCAGUGGCGCCCCACCUCCCACCAGCACCAGUGGCGCCUCAUCUCUGACCACCACCACCAGUGGCACCUCGUAUCCCACCACCAGUGGCACCCCGCCUCCCACCACCACCAGUGGAGCCUCAUCUCCAACCACCACCACCAGUGGCGCCUCAUCUCCGACCACCACCAGUGGCGCCUCAUCUCUGACCACCACCACCAGUGGCGCCUCAUCUCUGACCACCACCACCAGUGGCGCCCCCCCUCCCACCACCACCAGUGGCGCUUCAUCUCCAACCACCACCACCACCAGUGGCGCCUCAUCUCCCACCACCACCAGUGGCGCCUCAUCUCCGACCACCAGUGGCACCCUGCCUCCCACCACCACCAGUGGUGCCUCAUCUCUGACCACCAGUGGCACCUCAUCUCCGACCACCAGUGGCGCCUCAUCUCCGACCACCAGCCCUGCCUCAAGCUCAGUUGUCACUUCAGCACACAAGGGCACCUCUUCCAAGGCUACCAUGACCCCAGCCAGCAAGGGCACUCCAUCCUCAGCUCCCAGCUCUGAUACUCCCACCACUUCUGCCAGCCACAGUACCAGGGCAGCUGCCAGCAGCACUAGCCAUAGCUUAGUACCUCCCACCUCUUCCAAUCAUAAGACUUCUCAGCAGUUGCCUAGUAGGGUCUCCCUGUUCUUCCUGUCUUUUCGCAUUACAAACCUCCAGUUUAACUCUUCUCUGGAAAAUCCCAGCACAAGCUACUACCAGGAGCUGCAGAAAAGCAUUCUUGAAUUGUUUCUGCAGACUUAUAAACAAGAGGAUUUUCUGGGCCUCUUAGAUGUCAAGUUCAGGCCGGGAUCUGUGGUGGCAGAAUUAACUCUGGCCUUCCAAGACGGUACCACUGCCUACAGCGUGGAGAAACAGCUUAAUCAGCUUGUAGCAGAAGCAGUCAGAUAUAACCUGACCAUCAAUGGAGUUAGUGUGCGUGUUGCACCGUUUCCUUCCUCUGCCCAGCCUGGGUCUGGGGUACCUGGCUGGGGCAUCGCUCUGCUGGUGCUGGUCUGUGUUCUGGUUGCGCUGGCCAUCAUCUAUCUCAUUGUCCUGGUUUUGUGUCAGUGCCGACGAAAGAACUGUGGGCAGCUGGACAUCUUUCCACCCCGAGAUGCCUACCAUCCUAUGAGCGAGUACCCCACCUACCACACCCAUGGGCGCUAUGUGCCCCCUGGCAGUACCAAACCGAGCCCCUAUGAGGAGGUUUCUGCAGGCAAUGGUGGUGGCAGCCUCUCAUACGUGAACCUGGCAGCCACUUCCGCCAACUUGUAGGGGCACAUUGCCUGCUGAGCGUCUGCCAGUGCCAGCUGCCUCCCUGGGUUUCUUCAAACUGCUGGAGCCCCCUGCCCCCAACUGUGUUCUGGGCUGGUGAGCUGGGCGUUCCGGUGGGCUGCCCACAGUCUCCCUCACAGGCCCCACCAAGUCCCCUAACCCAUCUUAGCCCUGGCGAAGUCCUUCCGAGACCCUGGGGCAAGCCUGAGGCAGUGGUCCUCAGGAGGGCUGGCCCGGAGAGCUGGAAGAUGGGAGUGGGAACCGGAACAUCGCUGAAUAAAAUGCCGGCCUCCUCUGCACUGAC